AUGCGGCAUCCAUCUGAUGGUGAGGCAUGGAAACAUUUUGAUAGGGUAUAUUCUGAUUUUGUUGUAGAACCUAGAAAUGUCAGGCUCGGACUAUGCUCUGGUGGACCAUCAAGUCCUAAAUUUGGAAUCGAUGUUUAUUUACAAUCUUUAAUAGAUGAUUUGAAGAGGUUGUGGACUGGAGAAUGGACAUAUGAUAUAUCUCGCAAACAAAAAUUUACUUUACGAGAUGCCUUGAUGUGGACUAUUAAUGACUUUCCCGCUUAUGGAAUGUUAUCUGGUUGGGGUACGCAUGGAAAAAUGCGAUGUCCACAUUGCAUGGAAUUUACAACGGCUUUUACUUUAGAAUUUGGAGGGAAAAGUUUGUGGUUCGACUGUCACCGCAGAUUCCUACCAUUAGACCAUGUCUUUAGAAGAAACAAGACUGAUUUCAAAAAAGAUGUACGAGUAAAAGAUUUGCCUCCUCCGCGAUUGUCACCAGAGGAAAUAUGGAAUCGAGUUUCUAAACUGCCAAAAUUUACAGAUUAUGGUGAAGCAUGCAGAAUUCAAGGAUAUGGGGUCAAACACAAUUGGACAAAAAGAAGUAUAUUUUAG